CCAACAGCAAUAUCCCAGUGAUAAUGACAACAGCAGACGAAUACAAAGCAGAAGGAAACAAGUACUUUGCAUCCAAAGAGUUUGAAAAAGCAAUUGAAUCUUUCACCAAGGCAAUUGAAGCCCUGGCUGAACCAAAUCACGUUUUAUAUUCUAAUAGAUCAGGAUCUUACGCCUCCUUGAAGAACUUUGGCAAAGCUCUUGAAGACGCUGAAGAAUGUGUCAAGAUCAAUCCAGCCUGGGCUAAGGGUUACAACAGAGUUGCUAGUGCUCACUUUGGUUUAGGAAACUUGGAGAAUGCCAAGGACUUUUAUCAAAAGGCUUUGGAUUUAGAUGCUCUGAAUGCUAUGGCUAAGGAUGGUCUUAAAUCAGUUGAAAAUGCCAUUGAAGCUAGAAACACUCAACCUGAUAUGGGAUUAGGUGCUAUUUUCUCUGAUCCAAAUCUUAUCACUAAGUUGAGAAACAAUCCAAAGACUGCUGAAUUAAUGAAGGAUCCAGAAUUAGUACAAAAGGUUUUGAACAUUCAAUCUAAUCCAAAGGCAAAUGCUACUCAAUUGUUAACUGAUCAAAGAUUGAUGACCAUCAUGGCUGUUUUGAUGGGUAUUGAUAUGGACUUGCCUGAUAUGCCACCACCACCACCACAACCUUCGACAUCUGCACCUGCCAAGGAAGAACCUAAGGAAGAGCCAAAACAAGAGCCAAAGCAAGAAUCAAAGAAGGAAGAACCUAAAAAAGAAGAACCAAAGGCUGCUCCAGCACCAGAAGAUGAUCCAGAAGAUGUCAUUAUGGAAGAUGCUCCACAAGAAAACCACAAGGAAGAAGCAGAUGCCGCUAAAGCUGAAGGUAAUGCUUUAUAUAAACAAAGAAAGUUUGAUGAAGCCAUCGCUGCUUAUGAAAAGGCUUGGAAUUUAAAUAAAGACAUCACCUACUUGAACAACCGUGCUGCUGCUGAAUUCGAAAAAGGUGACUAUGAUGCUGCUAUUGCCACUUGUGAAAAGGCGAUUGAUGAAGGUAGAGAUAUGAGAGCAGAUUAUACAUUAAUUGCCAAAUCGUUUGCCAGAUUAGGUAAUACCUAUUUGAAAAAGGAUGACUUACCAAACGCGGUCAAGUACUUUGACAAAUCUUUAACGGAACAUAGAACACCUGAUGUAUUGAACAAGUUGAGAGCAACCCAACGUGAAAUCAAGGUACGUGAAGCUAAUGCUUAUGUUGACCCAGAAAAGGCUGAAGCUGCUCGUUUGGAAGGUAAGGAAUAUUUCACUAAGGGUGACUGGCCAAAUGCCGUUAAAGCAUACACUGAAAUGAUCAAGAGAGCUCCUGAAGAUGCUAGAGGUUACUCUAACAGAGCUGCUGCAUUAGCUAAAUUAUUGUCUUUCCCUGAUGCUAUCCAGGAUUGUAACCUUGCUAUUGAAAAAGAUCCAAACUUCAUUAGAGCUUACAUUAGAAAGGCCACUGCUCAAUUAGCAAUGAGAGAAUACUCCAAAUGUAUGGAAACAUUGAAUGAAGCUCGUGACAAGGAUUCUGCAUUAGGUGGUAAGAAUAUUCACGAAAUUGAUCAAUUACUUAACAAGGCCAUUUCCCUGAGAUUCCAAGCCAUUGAAGGUGAAACCCCAGAACAAACUAUGGAAAGAGUAUCCAAGGAUCCUGAAAUUGUUUCUAUUUUACAAGACCCAGUUAUGCAAGGUAUUUUAGGACAAGCUAGAGAUAAUCCAGCUGCUUUACAAGAACAUAUGAAGAACCCUGAUGUUAACAAAAAGAUCAAUAUGUUGAUUGCUGCAGGUGUUAUUCGUACCAGAUAAAUGGGGUAAAUAAGUUUGUUUAUUGUGUAUAAAAUUUAAUUCAAUUCGGAAAAUUAAACAUCUC